AUGCAUCUAAAUCACAUAGUUUUAACAGCUUUCUUGACGGAUUCAGAUUCGGACUCUGAUGAUCUUGAAAUGUUCAUAAGAGCAACUAAAGAACAAGAAGACGAAAGAAAGAGACAACAUAAUCGUCACCGCGGUUCGGUUCCCGGUCGAAAGGUAAUUCAUCGUGAUAGGGUGGAAGGUCACAAGAGACUUUAUCGUGAUUACUUUUCUAAUAAUCCUACAUAUCCUGAUGUUUAUUUUAGGAGAAGAUUCCGUAUGAGUCGAUUCCUUUUUUGUCAAAUUAUUUCUGGUGUUGAAACACACGACUCAUAUUUUGUUCAACGAAAUGAUGCAUUAGGAGUCCCCGGUUUAUCAUCUCUUCAAAAAGUUAUUGCUGCAUAUAGAAUAUUAGCAUAUGGAGUUCCUGCUGAUUUUUUAGACGACCAUAUACGCAUAGGUGAAAGUACUGCUAUUGAAAGCUUACGUCAUUUUGUAAAAGCAAUUAUUGCCGUUUUUGGUGAAAAAUACUUAAGAGCACCUAACGAGGAUGAUUUAUCUCGAUUGCUCCAAAUUAAUGAGAGACGGGGAUUUCCAGGCAUGCUUGGGAGUAUCGAUUGCAUGCAUUGGAUGUGGAAAAAUUGUCCAACUGCAUGGCAUGGUAUGUAUAGUGGUCAUUUUCGUACACCGACAAUUAUAUUAGAGGCUGUAGCAUCACAAGAUCUUUGGAUCUGGCAUGCCUUUUUUGGAAUGCCAGGUUCACUUAACGAUAUUAAUGUUCUUGAAAGAUCUCCUGUCUUCUCGGCAUUAGCCAACGGUCGUGGUCCUACUGUCAAUUAUACUAUAAAUGGGAACGAUUAUUCUAUGGGUUAUUAUCUAGCUGACGGUAUUUAUCCAUCAUGGGCAACGUUUGUGAAAACGAUACCGGUUCCACUUGGUUUAAAGGCUAAACAUUUUGCACAAGCCCAAGAAGCUGCGAGGAAAGACGUGGAACGAGCAUUUGGGGUACUACAAUCUCGUUUUAAUAUAGUUCGUGGUCCGGCAAGGUUUUGGGAUGAAGUCACAUUGGGCGAUAUAAUGAAAGCGUGUAUUAUAAUGCAUAAUAUGAUUAUCGAGGAUGAAAAUGGCCCAAGUACCAUUGAGUUUGAUGGUAUGACUCCAAAUGUUAUACCAUCCCGUGAACACACAAAUGACUUUAUGGAAUUUAUUCAAGCUCAUCAUCGAAUUCGAGAUCGUGCUACUCAUUCUCAACUCCAACGUGAUCUUGUCGAACAUUUAUGGGAUUUGCAUGGUCUUGACAAUUCUUAA